AUGGGGAAGUCCCCGGCCAAGUGGAUAAAGUCCGUGCUCCUCGGGAAGAAAUCAACAAAAUCCAAUUCUACCAAGAAGGCUGCAAACAGCAACGGAUGCACUGCUGGGAAGGAGCCUGAAUCCUCUGAUAAUUCUCCCCUCAUCUCGGAGCCGGUACUUGUUAGCUCCCACAAUGUGUCUGAAAUUUCCAACUUGCCCAAUGGGAGGGCAAUCGAAAACAUGGUUAGAGUUGGGUCCGACACGCAAAUUAGUCCAGAGAAACUGAGAGAAGAACUAGCAGCAGUGAAGGCGCAAGCCGCUUUUCGAGGUUACCUGGCACGCAGGGCCUUCCGCGCAUUAAAAGGUAUCAUCAGACUUCAGGCACUGAUUCGAGGGCAUCUUGUAAGGAGGCAGGCCGUUUCAACCCUUCGUGGAACAUGGUUGAUUGUGAAGUUUCAAGCUCUAGUUCGUGGAAGAAAUGUUAGAUUUUCUAGUGCUGCCACGCAAUUAGCUGUGAAGUUUGGUCAACAUAAGUAUGGGGGUGACAAGUCGUCGGAUGCAUGGAAGGAGAAGCUAUCUUCACAUCCAUAUGUUCGAAAGCUUCUGUCUUCACCAAUUUUGGUACAAGCUCUUCACGUUCAGUAUGAUGAGACAAACCCCAAUUCAGCCCUCAACUGGCUGGAGAGAUGGACAAUAAGCUGCAUCUGGAAGCCUGUUUCCAAACCAAAAAUAGUUACUGACGGGAAACCACAAGUAAGGAGGGCCAGUUAUGCCAUGGAAACUCACUCAGCAAAGUUAAAGCGCAAUGUUCGGAAGUCUUCUACUGCCACUGUUGAGACUCAGGCAAAUACCGUUGAAUCUGAAAAAUGGAAAAGAAACCCACGGAAAUUGAAUGGCUCACCUGCUGAUUCAGUACCAGACAGCCAGUUAUCUGAACUUGAGAAGGUUAAAAGGAACCUUAAGAAGGCAGCUAACUCCAUGGCUGAAGCCUCUAAGAUAUCUACCAAGGCUGAUGUGUUGAAGGUACCUAAUUCCAUAGCUGAUGAGCUGAAGAUACUUGGUUCCAUGGCUGAACUAUCAAAAAAAUCCAGCAUACCAAACGGUAUCUCUGACCAUCAAGACAGCGAAUGCGAGAAAGCACUAGAGAGUACACGUGAGGCUGUGUUUCCUCUUGAAACUCAAGAUUCUCACAGUGGCAAUCUUUUGGAAAAUUCAAAUAUAAGUAAGUUGGUACCUGACAUAAAAUAUGAUCUAGAAGCAUCAUUCUUAGGGGACAAAGUUAAUGAACCCACUACUGUCGCUCAAGCAGAUGAAGUCAUACAACUGCAGAACCUUGAUAACGGAUAUGAUAUUAUAGAAAGGAAAGAAGAGACUAGGUCCAAGGAAGAACCUCUGCCUAAUGGAAGCCUUAAAACCAAGAGAAGGUCUUCGUUCUCUAAUUCAGAAUACCCUGAGAGUGGAACCAAGAACACUCCAGUUCCAUCAAGGAAGCCAAGCUAUAUGGCUCCAACAGAAUCGUUAAAGGCGAAAUUGCGAGGACCACCCAGAUUAGACUCUGAUCUACCAGUGGACAAGAAUGCCUUCACUCGCCGUCAGUCUCUUCCUUCUGCUGCAAACAGUACGACCCAAACGAAUGGAGGCGGUGAAGAGGCUAUCAAGCUUCCAACAGAAGGGUGCAUUAUUGUGGAAGAAAUUUCAAGCUGUAUAAAUUAUUGA